GGAGUCUGCGCUGCUGCCGCUGCUGUUGCUGCUGCUGCCGCUGCUGCUGCCGCCGCCGCUGCCUCCGACUCCGCCACUGCCACCGGCCGUGCGGGUUUUCUUUCUUUUUCCUUUUCUUUUUCUUUUUGUCUUUUCUUUAUUGAUUUGUUGGAUCCGCCAUAUUGACGAGGCUGUGGUAUCCAGGGCUGCGGAAGCUAGACUCCGCCGGUGGCGGAGCCGCAACCUCUCGGUAAACGGCCCAUUCGGGCCUUCCUCCCUGUCCCGCCGAGCCCCCUCCCUGCCUUGCACCGGCUCCCAGGCCUCGCGGGAGCCGGCCGUCGCCGCCUCUCCCUCAAGGGAGGCGGCUGCCUUUACCACCCCAGGGCUUGGGUCGGUGACGGGAGUGAGGAGAGGAGCGUAGCUUAGGGAGCAGGCCCAGAGUGGGGGGACAGAGGCGGCGACUAGGGGAAGGUGAAACUGCCGCUGCAGGAGGAGGAGCAGGAGGAGGUGACGCAGGAGAAACGCACCGCCCGGAGCUUGACUGAGCUCAGAGAGCGCCCCAGCCUGAGGGGAGAAGGGGGAAGAGGACUGCCGGCGGCUGAGAGGGAGGAGGGGGCUGCCGUGGCCACCGCUGCCCUAGGGCGGCCAGGGUGAGGGGCCGACCCCCUGUUGGUACGCGUAGGGCGCCGCGCGCGAGCCCGGCAUCCGCAGCCUCUCCCCGUAUUUUUGUCCCUCGUCAGCCCCUGGCUUGAGAUGCUCCCGGGUUAGGCCACGUCCUGGGCUCGAGCUUUUGCAUUUCGUCUCCCGCCUCCGCGUGUCCUGCUUCGGAGAAGACUCCUAUGUUGUGUUUGGUUAUGCAAUGGUCUCUGCAAGAUGUUUUAUUCUUGAAUUGGAACCUUUUAAGACUGACAAAUGCUGGUACUUCAUCUUCUAUAAGUGGAGUAUAAUUUCUUUUCUUAAGACAACUACAUAAGCAGACAAAAUUGCAAAGAUCUGCCCUGUGUCGAGUAUGACAGCCACGACUCGUGGCUCUCCAGUUGGAGGGAAUGACAACCAGGGCCAAGCCCCUGAUGGACAGUCUCAGCCCCCCCUCCAACAGAAUCAGACUUCAUCACCUGAUUCGUCCAAUGAAAAUUCCCCUGCAACUCCUCCUGAUGAGCAAGGUCAAGGUGAUGCUCCUCCACAGAUUGAAGAUGAGGAACCUGCUUUUCCACAUACUGACUUGGCAAAGUUAGAUGAUAUGAUCAACAGGCCUCGAUGGGUCGUUCCAGUUUUGCCGAAAGGGGAAUUAGAAGUGCUUUUAGAAGCUGCUAUUGAUCUUAGUAAGAAAGGCCUUGAUGUUAAAAGUGAAGCAUGUCAGCGAUUUUUCCGAGAUGGAUUAACAAUAUCAUUCACAAAAAUCCUUACAGAUGAAGCAGUGAGUGGCUGGAAGUUUGAAAUACAUAGAUGUAUUAUUAACAAUACUCAUCGCCUGGUGGAGCUAUGUGUGGCUAAGUUAGCCCAAGACUGGUUUCCACUUCUAGAACUUCUUGCCAUGGCCUUAAAUCCUCAUUGCAAAUUCCAUAUCUACAAUGGUACUCGUCCCUGCGAGUCAGUGUCCUCAAGUGUUCAGUUGCCUGAAGAUGAACUCUUUGCUCGUUCUCCAGACCCUCGAUCACCAAAAGGUUGGCUAGUAGAUCUUCUCAACAAAUUUGGCACUUUAAAUGGAUACCAGAUACUGCACGAUCGUUUUAUUAAUGGGUCAGCAUUAAAUGUUCAGAUAAUUGCAGCUCUUAUUAAACCAUUCGGACAGUGCUAUGAGUUUCUUACUCUUCACACGGUGAAAAAAUACUUUCUUCCAAUAAUAGAAAUGGUUCCACAGUUUUUAGAAAACUUAACUGAUGAAGAGCUGAAGAAAGAAGCAAAGAAUGAAGCCAAAAAUGAUGCUCUUUCAAUGAUUAUUAAAUCAUUGAAGAAUUUAGCUUCACGGGUUGCUGGACAAGAAGAAACUGUAAAGAACUUAGAAAUAUUUAGGUUAAAAAUGAUACUUAGAUUGUUGCAAAUUUCUUCUUUCAAUGGAAAGAUGAAUGCACUGAAUGAGGUUAAUAAAGUGAUUUCCAGUGUGUCAUACUAUACCCAUCGACAUGGCAGUACUGAGGAAGAAGAGUGGCUCACAGCAGAGAGGAUGGCUGAAUGGAUACAGCAGAACAAUAUUUUAUCCAUAGUUUUACGAGAUAGUCUUCAUCAACCACAGUAUGUAGAGAAACUAGAAAAGAUUCUUCGCUUUGUCAUAAAAGAAAAAGCUCUGACCUUGCAAGAUCUUGAUAAUAUCUGGGCAGCACAGGCAGGGAAACAUGAAGCCAUUGUAAAGAAUGUACAUGAUCUACUGGCCAAAUUGGCAUGGGAUUUUUCUCCUGAACAACUUGAUCAUCUUUUUGAUUGCUUUAAGGCCAGUUGGACAAAUGCAAGUAAAAAGCAACGUGAAAAGCUCCUUGAGCUGAUUCGUCGUCUUGCAGAAGAUGAUAAAGAUGGUGUGAUGGCACAUAAAGUGUUGAACCUUCUGUGGAAUCUAGCUCACAGUGAUGAUGUGCCUGUAGAUAUCAUGGACUUGGCUCUCAGUGCUCACAUCAAAAUACUAGAUUAUAGUUGCUCCCAGGACCGGGAUACCCAAAAGAUCCAGUGGAUAGAUCGCUUCAUAGAAGAACUUCGCACAAAUGACAAAUGGGUCAUUCCUGCACUGAAACAAAUUAGAGAAAUUUGUAGUUUGUUUGGUGAAGCACCUCAAAACUUGAGUCAAAGUCAGCGAAGUCCCCAUGUAUUUUAUCGCCAUGACUUAAUCAAUCAACUUCAGCACAAUCAUGCCCUAGUUACUUUGGUAGCAGAAAACCUUGCAUCUUACAUGGAAAGCAUGAGACUGUAUGGCAGAGACAAUGAAGACUAUGACCCACAAACUGUGAGACUGGGAAGUAGAUAUAGUCAUGUUCAAGAAGUCCAAGAACGGCUUAACUUUCUUAGAUUUUUAUUGAAGGAUGGCCAGCUGUGGUUGUGUGCUCCUCAGGCAAAACAAAUAUGGAAGUGCUUAGCAGAAAAUGCAGUUUAUCUUUGUGAUCGUGAAGCCUGUUUUAAGUGGUAUUCCAAAUUAAUGGGAGACGAACCAGACUUAGAUCCUGAUAUCAAUAAGGACUUCUUUGAAAGUAAUGUGCUUCAGCUUGAUCCUUCCCUAUUAACUGAAAAUGGGAUGAAAUGUUUUGAGAGAUUCUUCAAAGCUGUGAAUUGUCGAGAAGGAAAACUUGUAGCAAAAAGAAGAGCCUAUAUGAUGGAUGAUUUGGAAUUGAUAGGAUUAGACUAUCUUUGGAGGGUUGUAAUUCAGAGUAAUGAUGAUAUUGCCUGCCGAGCUAUUGAUCUUCUUAAAGAGAUAUACACAAACCUUGGUCCAAGGCUGCAGGUCAAUCAGGUGGUGAUCCAUGAAGACUUCAUUCAGUCUUGCUUUGAUCGUUUGAAAGCCUCUUAUGACACGCUGUGUGUUUUGGAUGGUGACAAAGACAGUAUUAAUUGUGCAAGACAGGAAGCUGUUCGAAUGGUCCGAGUAUUAACUGUUCUAAGAGAAUAUAUAAAUGAAUGUGACAGUGAUUAUCAUGAAGAAAGAACAAUAUUGCCUAUGUCAAGAGCUUUCCGUGGUAAACACCUCUCUUUUAUAGUUCGAUUUCCAAACCAGGGCAGACAAGUAGAUGACUUGGAGGUGUGGUCUCAUACAAAUGAUACCAUUGGUUCAGUUCGAAGAUGUAUACUCAAUCGCAUUAAAGCCAAUGUAGCUCAUACAAAAAUUGAACUCUUUGUGGGUGGCGAGCUUAUUGAUCCUGGAGAUGACAGAAAGUUGAUUGGACAAUUAAACCUAAAAGAUAAAUCACUAAUUACAGCCAAACUUACCCAGAUAAGCUCCAAUAUGCCUUCAAGUCCUGAUAGCUCCUCCGAUUCCUCAACUGGAUCUCCUGGAAACCAUGGUAAUCAUUACAGUGACGGCCCCAAUCCAGAAGUGGAAAGCUGUUUGCCUGGAGUGAUAAUGUCACUUCAUCCCAGAUACAUCUCUUUCCUUUGGCAAGUUGCAGACUUAGGGAGCAGCCUAAAUAUGCCACCUCUUAGAGAUGGAGCAAGAGUGCUUAUGAAACUUAUGCCGCCAGAUAGUACAACAAUAGAAAAAUUAAGAGCUAUUUGUUUGGACCAUGCCAAACUUGGAGAAAGCAGCCUUAGUCCAUCUCUUGACUCACUUUUCUUUGGUCCUUCAGCCUCACAAGUGCUAUACCUAACAGAGGUAGUCUAUGCCUUGUUAAUGCCUGCUGGUGCACCCCUGGCUGAUGAUUCCUCUGAUUUUCAGUUUCACUUCUUGAAAAGUGGUGGUCUGCCCCUUGUCCUGAGUAUGCUAACCAGAAAUAACUUCCUACCAAAUGCAGAUAUGGAAACUCGAAGGGGUGCCUACCUCAAUGCUCUUAAAAUAGCCAAACUGUUACUAACUGCCAUUGGCUAUGGCCAUGUUCGUGCUGUGGCAGAAGCUUGUCAGCCAGGUGUGGAAGGCGUGAAUCCUCUGACAUCGGUCAACCAAGUAACUCAUGAUCAAGCAGUGGUGCUACAAAGUGCCCUUCAGAGCAUUCCUAACCCAUCAUCUGAAUGCAUGCUUAGAAAUGUGUCUGUUCGUCUUGCUCAGCAGAUUUCUGAUGAGGCUUCAAGAUACAUGCCUGAUAUUUGUGUAAUUAGAGCUAUACAAAAAAUUAUUUGGACAUCAGGAUGUGGGGGAUUACAGUUGGUAUUCAGUCCAAACGAAGAAGUCACAAAAGUUUAUGAGAAGACCAAUGCAGGCAAUGAGCCAGACCUUGAAGAUGAACAGGUUUGCUGUGAAGCAUUGGAGGUGAUGACACUGUGUUUUGCCUUGAUUCCAACAGCCUUAGAUGCUCUAAGUAAAGAAAAAGCUUGGCAGACAUUUAUUAUUGACUUACUGUUACACUGUCACAGCAAGGAAUUAAUCGACGAUUUCAUCUUUCCUGCAUCCAAUGUUUACCUGCAGUAUAUGAGAAAUGGAGAGCUCCCUGCUGAACAGGCCAUUCCUGUCUGUGGUUCACCAGCCACAAUUAAUGCUGGUUUUGAGUUACUUGUGGCAUUAGCUGUUGGCUGUGUGAGGAACCUCAAACAGAUAGUAGAUUCUUUAACUGAAAUGUACUACAUUGGUACAGCAAUAACUACUUGUGAAGCACUUACUGAGUGGGAAUACCUGCCACCUGUUGGACCCCGCCCACCAAAAGGAUUUGUGGGGCUGAAAAAUGCUGGUGCUACUUGUUACAUGAAUUCUGUGAUUCAGCAACUCUAUAUGAUCCCCUCUAUCAGGAACGGUAUUCUUGCAAUUGAAGGCACAGGUAGUGAUGUAGAUGAUGAUAUGUCUGGGGAUGAGAAGCAGGACAAUGAGAGCAAUGUUGAUCCCAGGGAUGAUGUGUUUGGAUACCCUCAACAAUUUGAAGACAAACCACCACUGAGUAAGACAGAAGAUAGGAAAGAGUACAAUAUUGGUGUUCUAAGACAUCUUCAGGUUAUCUUUGGCCAUUUAGCUGCUUCUCGACUGCAGUACUAUGUGCCCAGAGGAUUUUGGAAACAGUUCAGGCUUUGGGGUGAGCCUGUCAAUCUUCGUGAACAACAUGAUGCUUUAGAGUUCUUUAAUUCGUUGGUGGAUAGUUUAGAUGAAGCUUUAAAAGCCUUAGGGCAUCCAGCUAUGCUAAGUAAAGUCUUGGGAGGUUCCUUUGCUGAUCAGAAAAUUUGCCAAGGCUGCCCACAUAGGUACGAAUGUGAAGAAUCUUUUACGACUCUGAAUGUAGACAUUAGAAACCACCAAAAUCUUCUUGAUUCUUUGGAACAGUAUGUCAAAGGAGACUUGCUAGAAGGGGCAAAUGCUUAUCAUUGUGAAAAGUGCAACAAAAAGGUUGAUACUGUAAAGCGCUUGCUAAUUAAAAAAUUGCCUCCUGUUCUUGCUAUCCAACUAAAACGAUUCGAUUAUGACUGGGAAAGAGAAUGUGCAAUCAAGUUCAAUGACUACUUUGAAUUUCCUCGAGAGUUAGACAUGGAACCUUACACAGUUGCAGGUGUUGCUAAACUGGAGGGGGAUAAUGUCAACCCAGAAAGUCAGCUGAUACAACAGAAUGAGCAGUCUGAAAGUGAGAAAGCAGGAAGCACAAAAUACAGACUUGUGGGUGUGCUUGUACAUAGUGGUCAAGCAAGUGGGGGACAUUACUAUUCUUACAUCAUUCAGAGGAAUGGAGGGGAUGGUGAAAAAAAUCGUUGGUAUAAAUUUGAUGAUGGAGAUGUAACAGAGUGUAAAAUGGAUGACGAUGAAGAAAUGAAAAACCAGUGUUUUGGUGGCGAGUACAUGGGAGAAGUGUUUGAUCACAUGAUGAAGCGCAUGUCGUACAGGCGCCAGAAAAGAUGGUGGAAUGCAUAUAUACUUUUUUAUGAACGAAUGGACACAAUGGGUCAUGAUGAUGAGGUGAUAAGAUACAUAUCAGAGAUUGCUAUCACCACAAGGCCCCAUCAGAUUGUUAUGCCAUCGGCCAUUGAAAGAAGUGUACGGAAGCAGAAUGUUCAGUUCAUGCACAACCGGAUGCAGUACAGUUUGGAAUAUUUUCAGUUUAUGAAAAAACUACUUACAUGUAAUAGUGUUUACUUAAACCCUCCUCCAGGCCAAGAUCACCUGUCUCCUGAAGCAGAAGAAAUCACUAUGAUUAGUAUUCAGCUUGCUGCUAGGUUCCUUUUUACUACAGGAUUUCACACAAAGAAAAUAGUCCGAGGAUCUGCCAGUGAUUGGUAUGAUGCAUUGUGUAUUCUCCUGCGUCACAGCAAGAAUGUGCGGUUUUGGUUUGCUCACAAUGUUCUUUUUAAUGUUUCAAAUCGAUUUUCUGAAUACCUUUUGGAAUGUCCUAGUGCAGAAGUGAGAGGUGCAUUUGCAAAACUCAUAGUUUUCAUUGCACAUUUUUCUUUACAAGACGGACCUUGUCCUUCACCUUUUGCAUCUCCUGGACCUUCUAGUCAGGCUUAUGACAACUUAAGUUUGAGUGACCACUUACUAAGAGCAGUACUCAAUCUCUUGAGGAGGGAGGUUUCAGAGCAUGGACGUCAUUUACAGCAGUAUUUCAACUUGUUUGUAAUGUAUGCCAAUUUAGGAGUGGCAGAGAAAACACAGCUGCUCAAACUGAGUGUACCUGCUACCUUUAUGCUUGUGUCCUUAGAUGAAGGUCCUGGUCCUCCAAUUAAAUAUCAGUAUGCUGAAUUAGGCAAAUUAUAUUCAGUAGUGUCACAACUCAUCCGCUGUUGCAAUGUCUCUUCAAGAAUGCAGUCUUCGAUCAAUGGUAAUCCUUCUCUUCCAAAUCCUUUUGGUGAUCCUAACUUAUCACAACCUAUAAUGCCAAUUCAACAAAAUGUGGUAGACAUUUUAUUUGUGAGAACAAGUUAUGUGAAGAAAAUUAUUGAAGACUGCAGUAACUCUGACGAGACCGUCAAAUUGCUUCGCUUUUGCUGCUGGGAGAAUCCUCAGUUCUCAUCUACUGUCCUCAGUGAACUUCUUUGGCAGGUUGCAUAUUCCUAUACUUACGAACUCCGGCCCUAUUUGGAUCUGCUUUUACAAAUCUUACUGAUCGAAGACUCCUGGCAGACUCACAGAAUUCAUAAUGCCCUUAAAGGAAUUCCAGAUGACCGAGAUGGGCUGUUUGACACAAUUCAGCGUUCUAAGAAUCACUAUCAAAAAAGAGCAUACCAGUGUAUAAAAUGUAUGGUAGCCCUCUUUAGCAGUUGUCCUGUUGCUUACCAAAUCCUGCAGGGCAAUGGAGAUCUUAAAAGGAAAUGGACCUGGGCAGUGGAGUGGCUUGGAGAUGAACUCGAAAGAAGACCAUACACUGGCAAUCCUCAGUAUACUUAUAACAAUUGGUCUCCUCCGGUACAAAGCAAUGAAACAUCAAAUGGCUAUUUCUUGGAGAGAUCACACAGUGCUAGGAUGACACUUGCAAAAGCUUGUGAACUCUGUCCUGAGGAGGAACCAGAUGACCAAGAUGCCCCAGAUGAGCAUGAAUCACCUCCACCAGAAGAUGCUCCAUUGUACCCUCAUUCCCCUGGAUCUCAAUAUCAGCAGAAUAACCAUGUGCAUGGACAGCCAUAUACAGGCCCAGCAGCACAUCACAUGAACAACCCUCAGAGAACUGGCCAACGAGCACAAGAAAAUUAUGAAGGAGGUGAAGAAGUGUCCCCACCUCAGACCAAGGAUCAGUGAAAUGCACAUAUUAACUGGUUCCAUCAAGACUGUGCACCCAGGCCUUACAGUCCAACUUUUUUCUGUGUCUGGUUAAUAUUUCAAACUAGAAAAACUACUCCUAAUCAACAUGGAGUGGAGAGUUUGUUCAUUGUCUUAUCUGCAGAAAUUUGCUGUCAAUAUAUAACCCGCCUGCAGUGGAAAGUGUAUAGUGUUUUGUAAUAAAUGGCCUGAUGCUAAUGUGUAAAUGGCAAAGGUGUAUAUAGUAUAUUAAUGUUUGACUGUUAAUUCUUAAGCAAGAAACAUUUUUUUUCUUCAUGAGACUCACAGAUCUACAAAACUACAUUAAUUUUCUUGUUAUACCCACUGCUCUCUGCUGCCAGUGUUGCCUACCUUGUGGCCGUUGGAUCACCUCCUUUACAAAAACAAAAAGUAAAUCAACAUCAACAAAACAGCCCAUUCAUUCAUGUCACACCAAUAGUUUCGUGUUCAUUGUUUGCCACUGAAGUCAAUUUUACUAUGAGCAAUGUAAGGCUGAUUACCUUUUGAUUUAUUUGGUUGAUGUGGAAAAUUGGUGAUGUACUAUGUUUCUAGUCUUUUUCAUUGCCUUUUUAUUCUGAUGUUAGGUUAAUCACUUUGAAGCUAUAGAUAUGCUGUAACAUUUAGCAUGGCUUCACACAAGUUAGUGUAGCCAGUGAAGAAAUAUUACAUAAUGACUGCAGUUGUCCUUACAUGGCAUCUGCAUUGCUCGGAGCUUUCCUUCUUAAACCCUAGAUUAUAAAAUACAGACUGAGGGAGAACUGUGACAAGCAAUCGGUUCUCAAUUACACACGUGUUCUUCUCAUGUUUGACUGUGUGAUCUCUGGGUAGAAUAAAGAACAAUUAAACUUAUCAACGUGGUAAUGGGAAUUUUGAAAGAUUUAAAACAAAUACACAAAAAUUUGCUACGCCAGUAUGCUGGCUGGAGCCUAGUAGACUGUAUUUGGUGUGCUUGUUUCGUGCUUUGCUAGAGCUUACUAAGUGACUCUUUUCAAACUGUCUUUCUGCUGAAUCCCAGUGAUGCGGAAGUCCUCAGAAUCCCACAGUCUUUGGAGUACCUCUGCACCAAGGUCUCUGGCUGAUUCUCUGCUCAGUCAUAAUUUUACUUGAAAGCAAAAAUUGUCCGAGGUCCUUUUUCCACUAUUCCAAAAAUUUUAACAUUCAAAGCAGGGUCUAAUUUAAAAAAUUACUGGUAGUUAAUAUAAUUGAGGAAUUAAAUUUCAGAAUAAACAAUUUGAAUAAAAAUAAAGGAAUCAGUUAAAACUGUAUUUCAAAGAAAAUUGGUGGCUUGAAUAUGUGUUUUUUGGAACCUGUCUAAAACCAAAUACCCCUGCAAACAGAUACAACCUACCCUAUUUAAAUAUUUUGCUGUUUUAUUUUAUAGAAAUUAUUUUGCUGAAUUUGCAAAUAGAAUUUGAUUUAAGAAGAACUUUUUGUCCUGUGGUGUGUUUGGGGGUUGUUUUGAUAUCUUCUCUGCUCUCUCUCUCUCUCUCUCUCUCUCUCUCUCUCUCUCUCUCUCUCUCUCUCUCUCUCCCCUUCCCCCUCCCCCCACCUGAGACUGCAUAUUUCUGGCUGGAAAGUUGAUUACUGUGCAUAGCAUGUGUAGACUUAACCUGCAGUGAAGAUUUUAGUCUCAUUUUUUUGUGCAUAGAAAGAUGGGGUCUUUGGCUCUUUACUAAAGACUUGGAGAACAGGAUGUUGACGCUGUAAAAGUUCCCUAACAAUCAAUCUUGUACUUUUUGUAUGUUUUUAUAUACAUGUGUAUUUAAUGAGCACAAGCUUGGUUGUAUUUUUUAUGAUUCAGUUGAUAGGAGAAUGAUUUAAGGCUAUAGUUGGCAUUGAUCAAAGUAGAAGCAAAAUUGAGCAUUAUGUUAUUUUGUGAUUUAAAAGGGGCAGUAUUUAAGGUAAAGGUUUAGGUAUCUUAUUUGCAGUAUUCCACAGUUCUGCUUCUAGGCUUCCUGUAAUUUUAGCAAUUUUUGACACCAGAUAGAUUCUGUUUACAUCAGAAUUUGCUUUUGUUUUUGGAGCCUGGGGAUCCAGGACCUGAAGUACUCCAGGCAAGAGCUCUACCACUGAGCUGCACCUCCAGCCUGAGUUAAAGUUUGAGCAAAGGUUGUACAGUGUUUGCAAUUCCAACUGGAAGUUUUAAAAAGUUCUUCAAGUAGUGAAGUAGGAUAGCUUUGUUUGGACAAGUAACUGGUACUUGUUACGUUAUCUUACCAUCCGACAUGCAACUUUGGUAUUUUCUGCUUCUUAAGGAAAUUAUGAAAUACAUAAAAAACUUAGUGACUUUCUAAAUAAGAGAAAACUUGACAUUUUCAAAGGCUGUGAAUGUUUCUUGGAGGGAUUCUAUUCCCCCACCCCCAGUAGUUGCUUUAAGUGUAUAAGCCCACCAGUUCCACAUGAUGAGGGCUUAUGAGUCAUGGUUCCCUUCAUUUGAGGAAGAGUGGGCCUGUGUUGUGAUUAGGAGUGAGGGAAGGUGAACAGAGUUAUUUUUGUUUGUUUGUGCAAAUUAUUUUCUAUAUUCACUCUUUAAGCAUUAAUGUAUAACCGGAAAUUUUAAGAUGCAUGUUAUUGUAAGAGCAACAUAGUGGUGAUUUCGAGGUCUUUCUCUAAAACAUAAGUGGCACAUUUUAAAUUUCAAGUCUUAAAGUGCCUGAAAGUUAUUUGAUUCUCUCAACUUUAUUUUGAGCCAUAUGUUUUCUCCUUUAAAUGUUUGUUGCAGAAUCACUAGUCUUCGUUUGAAGUACUCCCACGUUUCUAAAUGGCAUGAUUGCUCUAUUGAAGACAGUAGAAUCUGUUAAUGUAAGACUGAAGAGAUUUUAUUGUGCAACUGUGUAAACUGGGCCUUUGCCCAGUCGGAUCUAAGUAUUUUUGUGUACAACUUGGUAAACACCAUAUUGCUGCUGUUUCUAAGCCCUCCACCUACCGAAUUCUCAUGUUCAGCAUCGCAGAGGCAGAAAUACAAGCAUAAUCAUAUAUGGGCUUUGUCUCUUUUCAUUGAUUUUUUUUUCCUCAGUGAUUUCCCAGCUUUUUUUUUUUUUGUCUCUUAGCUAUAAUUAUACAGACCUAGAAUUAUUCAAAUGUUUUCUAUUUUCAUGAUUAACUUUUAUUAGUGGACAGUAACAACUUAAGUCUUAAAUCCUCACAUUGGUUAAAAAGAUGAGGAGCCUUUUUUAUUUGAAUUACUUUUGUAAAGGAAAGCAACAGUCUGAACAUUCAGGUGACUACUUUGGCAUAGUUCUUUGGGUUUUUAUUAGUAUUUUUCCAGGUUUUGUUUUCCCAUGAACUAUUUUACUUUGUUAAUUUUGUGGUUAAUUUGGUGGCUAUAUCCUGCCUUAUUUAGAAUUUUAGAAAAUUGCCUUUUUGUGAUAAGUGCCCAGUUUUUAUUUCUAGUUUGAAGGUACGAGGACAGACUGCUGAUAAAGGAAAACAGCACCCCUUUGCCCCAGCUUCUGUGUUACCAACAAAACCAUUCUUAGUACUGGUUUCAUUGUAGGGCCCAACCAGAAUUGGUCCUGCACCAACAUGAGUGUUGCAAAUUUGAAAAGGGUUUGGGUGUGACAAAUCACUACAGAAGUGCUGAAUGUAUUAAGAACUUGCUGCCGAUUGUAUUUCUAAUGAUUAUUUUGUGUUUGCAGAAGUAUGUAGCACUUGUCCUCCAAGCUUACAGGUGUAAGGGGGAAGAUGAACCACAUUUUAAAGUCACUAAUGAGUGCAAUUUUUUUGGAAUUGGGGUUCCCAAAAGGAAAUUUCACCACCCAAAUCUCACAUACUUCUUAGCCUUUUACACACCAACAAACUGACAUAAAGAUUGUCCGCAGUUCGUAAGAUCUAGCACAUAUACAAAAAUAAAACUUUAUAAAUUAAAUUUGGGUUUUUCUUUCAUUUAUUAACUUAGGGUUUCCCCCUAUAUUGCUAGCAGUGGUGUGCAGGGCAUCAACUGUUUAUAGGCAAGUGCUGUAUCACACAGCCACAUUUGGCCCUUGAAUUAUUUAGAGCCUGUUGAUGCUUCCCUAAGGAUUACUGCUAAAGAGAGGCCUCCCAAAUAUUCCUCGCAUUUGAUUUUACUGAAACAGCUUACCUCUAUAGCUCAAGCUGGUUGAAUUCACUGUAACCCAGGAUGACCUCAAACUGACCUUUUGUCACAGCCUCCAAAGUGCCAGGUUUACAGCUGAUUUUCCUGUUCAUCCUUCCUGUCCCACUUUUUUUUUUUUAAAGCAGAAUCAGGGCAAAGUAUGGUAAUACAUACCUAUGAACCCACCACUUAGGAGGAGGAUCAGGAGUUCAUGGUCAUCAUCUACUUUAAUUUGUGCUAAAUGCCCUAUUUCAAAAGUAUAAUAGAACCAAAUCAAAUACAAAAUUCUUGCCUUUUAGGAAACUCUAAAUUAGUGGCCCAUUUCUGUUUAAAUUUUAAGAAUCAGUUGAGUAUCCCUUACCUAAAUAUUUGGGACAAGAAGUGCGCAACAUUAGACCCCUAGGGAGUUACUUGCAUAUAUGAGAUUAUGGUCUCUUAGGAAUGAGACCCUAAUGUAAACACAAAUCAUGCGGCAUGACAGUCCGAGAGUAGUUCCAUGUUGUGUUGGUCCCUUGCAUUUGACUUUGAGAUGUUUUGGUUGGUUUUUCAAGGCAGAGUUUGUCUGUGUAGCCCUUGAUUGUAUUGGAAUUCUUUGUAGACCAAGCUGGCCUUGAAUUCAUAGAGAUCCGUUUGCCUUUGUCUCCCAAGUGCUGGGAUUAAAAGCAUGUGCCACCACCCUGA